UCCCGGUUUGACGAUACGGGACGAAUCUGUAAUGAUGACGAGUGUUUCCUUCGCGCUUUGUUGAAGCUCUGGGCUUUUUUAUUCUGCGCGUCCACACCUACCAUCAUUGGAUGACAGCACUCGAGCCAUUCAGGUACUCAGCGGAGGAGAGGCUUUAUAAGCAGCCAGUGUUUGCAGCUCAUGGAGUGCUGUUUGUAUAAACACUGAGCCCAGUGCACACAUUGGCAUUCGAGCUGGUGUUUUGACAGUGCGCGGCCCCGCUUUGCCUUCAGUGGAGAGGAUCAGUCCGGUUCACUCGUUUGGACAGGCUUUGUUUUUUGCAGACUAUUUGCAGAGCUUUUGCGCAAAAGGACUCGGUUGCAUGGACGCGAUGGUUGUCCCUACAAAGUUCAGUUUUUCGGUCAGGAGCAUCCUGGAUUUGCCUGAGCAUGAUGGAGAGGCAGCACCGCACUCCUCGCCGGUCCGCUCCUCCUGCUCCUCCAGCUCGCCUUACUCCUCCUGGAUGGACUGCGACCGGAGUCCCUGUAUAUCUUCAGAUGAAGGCAGCCUCGAGGCCUCGCCCGAUUCAACCAAACCAGACGAAAUGGCCAUGGACUCUGAGUCCGAGAAGAACAAGAAGAAGAAGAAGCGCCGGGUUUUGUUCUCCAAGGCCCAGACCUUGGAGCUGGAGAGGCGCUUUCGUCGGCAGCGCUACUUAUCCGGCCCGGAGAGGGAGCAGCUGGCCCGACUCCUCAGCCUGACUCCGACCCAGGUCAAGAUCUGGUUUCAGAACCACCGCUACAAGAUGAAGAGAGGCCGGACAGAGGGAGCGCAGGAGCUGGAGUUACACCAGCCUCCGAUUUUGCGCAGAGUCGUUGUGCCAAUCCUGGUCCGGGACGGGAAACCAUACAAUACCUGCUUAUUUGACACGGAUAAAAGUGGCUGUAUUGGGCCAACCACUCCACAAGCAGCGCCCUUCACGUUGGCCUACCAGUCUCUUCAGCAUCCGUCCCCGGUUGCCCUUUCCCCCAGAUACCAGCACUUUCCCAGCCCGGCGGCCUCCAGACACUCCCUUGCCUGGAGAGACUUUUGGAGCGACUCGGUUCCGUUUUAUUCUUUCAAAUGAAGUCUCAAUUCUAGCCACC